AUGGCUGUUGCGGAGGGUACGCACCGCUUCCAAGAAUUGCGAAUCAAUACUGGCAGGCAAAAUCCUAGAGAAAUUCCGCGCAGCGACGGAGUUUCUAAUAACAACGGAAUAUGGACAUCAGAUCGUUACGGCUAUUUCAACAACGAGCCAGCACCUACUUACCCUGUGAGGCGGGUGGAGGGCGCUGCUGAACAUGUCUCGACGCCCCCAAUUUCAAUACCGACCAGCCAGAACGCCGUAGACGAAGCCCCAAUUACACGGGCAAGUUUUGCAUCUGGCCCUCAGCAGGCGCACCAAUCCUCUCCGCUGGACUUCCAGACAAGAAGACCAUCUGUGACUUUCGACUCAACUGUCAGGUUAGACUGUGGGGCAAGCCAGCACAUUGAAAAGCCUCUGCAGAGAGCAGGGAAGCCUCGGAUUCGGGGCCGAUCGCUAUUAGAGGUGAUGAAGGAAGAUCAGGAACGUCAGCAGCGUGCCCUUAGCGGACCGGAUCGCAAUCAAUGUGAUGCUGCUCCUCAUGAGAGGAGCAGAGAGCGAGACAGGCCACAUGUUGGCGAGCUUCGGCACCCCCUUCUCCCUGCUACUGUAGAUGAGCUAGCACGAGAGUCACAGACUGACCUGCCAGCUUCCAUGACCUCAGAGGCAACCUUAUCACCGUCUAUAGAGGGAGCUCGCACUCCACCUGACAAUCAAACAAAUGAUUUCCUACUGUCACCCAUCACGACAUCUCCAAUUAUUCACGCGCAUUCUUUUGAGUACCCCAACCGCUCGCAAACCGCAGCUGCAGAUUUCUUCGCUCAUUCCGGCAGUCUCCGUAAAAGCCCCCGGGGCUUAAUUGGUCGUCAAGAGGGGCGCCGCUCCCUCUCUUCCACCAAAUCUCCGAAGUCUGCUGCGUCUUCAUACCUGGCUGGCUUUUCUAGAAGUUGCGGCAGCCGUAAUGGCAACAGUGGGGAUAAUCUUGACAACAGUCCGGCCUCUCCAGAUGCCGAAGGUCAAACAAUAGGUGAGGACUAUGUCCUUGGCAAGCAAAUUGGUUACGGUGGCUUCUCGGUCAUUAAAGAAGCCUUCCGCAUGAACCCAGAUGGCUCGCAGCGCCAGCUGGCCGUAAAGAUUGUCCGCCGCAACAUCGAGGGCAAAUCCGAAAUCGAGAACGAACAAGCACAAGCGGAAUUUGACCACGAAGUAGAGCUUUGGCGCUUUCUUAAACACCCACGCAUUCUACCGUUAGAAGCCGUCUACAAAACCGACGAUGCCACAUUCUGCUUCAUUCCCCUUAACAAAGGCGGCACGCUCUUCGAUCUCGUUAAAGCUAAUCGCUCCGGUCUUCCAGCCCACCUAGCAAAACGAUAUACCUAUCAACUCUCGACUGCGAUCCGCUAUCUCCAUGAAGACGCACGGGUCGCUCACCGCGAUAUCAAGCUGGAAAAUUGCCUCCUUGACACCUCUGUCGAUCCUCCCAACGUCCGCCUCUGCGACUUCGGCAUGGCAGAAUGGAUCACCAACGACUCCCCCUCGAGCUUCGACGACCCACCCUCCCCGAACAUCAACUACGCCGACCGACUACCACAGCGUAACAUAGGGCCCAGCGAUACAAGCACAUCGGCCUUCGCUGGGGGAUCUCUCGAAUAUGCCGCCCCUGAGAUCGUGAAUCUCGCGAACUCCUACCACUACCUCCGCCAGCAGCGCGAAGCCCAACGUGGCGUCGUCAGCACUGCAAGCGAUAUCUGGGCGUUGGGCGUCUGUAUCUAUUCAUUGGUUGUGGGAAGUCGGCCAUUUCAGGGCGCGAUCGAGUCGCGGGUGUCAACGGCGAUUCUUAAGGGAGAUUGGGAUCAACAGCGCUUGAGUGAGAAAGGAGGGGAGGAGGCGCUGGAGUUAGUGAUGGGCUGCUUGGAGAUGGAUGUGCAGGAGCGGUGGCAUGUUAAUGAGGUUUUGGGGAGUGGAUGGUUGAGGGAGGAAGUGGAGAGGAAUGGUGAUCAGGAGGGUGGGUAUGGUGGAGGAUGGGGGUUGUGA